AGUGGUGCAUCCUGUUCACACACGGUCUUCGGAGGAGCGAGUCCUCCUCCUCUCAGCUGACUCCGAAGUAACGAACCAGAACCCGCAUCUGCUGCUGUCAUCAAAGCCUUUAACCGGCCGGCGUUACAGUCCGCUCGAAAAAGUAGAACCGAAUCAUAUCGACCGUUUUUUUUUUUACAGAAUGCUACCUUGUUCGGAUUCACCUCGCGAGCGAUGAAUAUAACGCGCACCGAGGGGACCGGACGGAGACCGUCGGCGGUUGUGUUUCCUCCGUGCUUCUCAGUACCGCUUCUCGGGCUCGCCAGAGGAUGGAGCGCUGGUUAAGAGGGAGUGGAAAGCCGUCCGUGUCCCGGGUUCUCCUCGGUCCUGUCCUCGUCCUCUCGCUCCUAGCGGUACAAGCGAGCCGUCACAGAACCUGCACACACACAGUCCCCUCCGGCCGCGAGGUUGUCCAUCAAGUGUACUUGAAGCCUGAGCGCUUAGCGAAGAGAAGUUCUUCUGACGACCUGCAGCUAAAGAUAAAAGUCGUCUACGACAGCAGCGUUGACCAACUUCCUGCUGACAAACGGAGACUGGUGAAGGACAAGUUGUUUCCUCAGGCCAUCAACUACCUUCAGAAGGCCUUCAGUUUGAGGCGCAGGGUGGGACCUGUGCUGCUCAGCAGACAAUGCGCAACCAACCAAUACAUGAGGAAGAGAGGUGACCCUCACCGAUACUGCCAGGAUGCCUGUGCAGACGUCACCCGGUGCGGCCCCGUCGUUGUACCACAGCACCACCUGCAGCAAUGUAAGGUUUGCAGCGAGUCUGGGAAGUCGUGUGGCCCAACGGGGCCCCCGGACGGCCCCGGGGUGGAGGGCUCAGACUUUGUGCUGUACGUCAGCGGCAUCACCACUGAGAGAUGCGGACAGGAGAACAUAGUGGCCUACGCUGCCUACUGCCAGCUGGAAGCAGAGCUGGACCGGCCCAUUGCAGGUUAUGCCAACCUGUGUCCAGCCAUGAUCUCCUCUCAGCCUCAGGAGUUUGAAGGAAUGCUCUCCACUGUCAAACACGAGAUCAUCCAUGCUCUGGGGUUUUCGGCCGGUCUGUUCGCCUUCUACCACGACGACGAGGGCAAACCUCUGACUCCGCGCUUCGCCAGCGGCCUUCCUGCGUUCAACGAGAGCCUGGGCGUGUACCAGUGGAGCGAGGCGGUGAUCAGGAGGGUCAGCCGACUGUGGGACAUCAGAGGAGGAGAGAUGGUGCGGCACCACGUUCACGUCCUGGUCACUCCUCGAGUCGUGGAAGAGGCCAGGAGGCACUUCAGCUGCCCCAUCCUGGAGGGGAUGGAGCUGGAGAACCAGGGCGGGACGGGAACCGAGCUCAACCACUGGGAGAAGCGGCUGCUGGAGAACGAGGCCAUGACGGGCUCCCACACCCAGAGGGUGUUUUCCCGCCUCACGCUGGCUAUCAUGGAAGACAGCGGCUGGUACCGGGCCAACUACAGCAUGGCACAGAGGCUGGACUGGGGCCGCGGCCUCGGCUGCGACUUUGUUAUGAAGAGCUGCAAGUUUUGGAUGGACAAACAGAAGCAGAGGCGGCACCCUGACCCAUUCUGUGACACGGUGCGGGACUCUCCUCUGCAGCUGACCUGCAGACACGACCAGCUGGCAGUGGCUGUCUGCAACUUACAGAAAUACCCCCAGCAGUUGCCCCUGGAAUACCAAUAUUUCGAUCGGAUCCCGAACGUUGCUGCAGAUCAGCUGACGUCCUUCGGGGGUGCUGUGGAGAUCGCCGAUUUCUGCCCCUUCAGCCAGGAGUUCAGCUGGCACCUCAGCGGAGAAUAUCAACGAAACUCGUACUGCAGAGUGUCGGAGAACCAGCCAGACUCAUGGAGGAAUUAUGGAGCAGAGCAGUACGGCCCACACUCUGUGUGUCUGUACCAGAAGUCGGCCUUCGUCAUGGAGCAGUGCACCAGGAAGAUGACGUAUCCAGACUGGGGCUCCGGAUGCUACCAGGUUUCGUGCUCGCCUCAGGGCCUGACGGUGUACGUUCAGGACCGCUCCUUCCUGUGCGUGAGGAAAGGUCAGCAGCUGAGCGUCAGCGUCUGGCUCAACGACUGGGUUUACAACGGGGUCCUGCUCUGCCCCGCCUGCACCGACUUCUGUGACAACUGCCCCCUGCCCCACCAGCUCCUGCCCGUCAACAACUCCAGGAACAAGCCCAUCGAUCCCUGCUCCAGUCCAGGUCUGGGCAUCACUCUCUGGCUCCUUCUGCUCAACCUGCUCCCUUUAGUGGCUGGACUGCUGAUCUGUCACUGGAGCUGAUGACACACACACACUCACACACACACACACACUCACAAUAAGGUAGCUAAAACUCUACUGUACUGUAGCCCUCAGAAGACUUGAUGACACCUUGUUUUUCUUCUGCAUUUGGUUUUCUUUCCUUUAACCUGAAGCUGGGAAAAAACAACCUUUUGACUCUGUCUCUCUCUCUCUCUCCGCUCCUCUUUUAUCGUUUCCUCCUUGGACUCAAUGUUUUUCCUCUCAGGAUCUUUGCUCUUCCAUUCCUUCUGUCUGGGUUUUUCCAAUGACAAAACUGUGUCUGCUUCUCUCGAAACCAUCUGCCACAAAAGGAUGUGUUUACAUGCACUUCAAAAACAAGGUUGCACUCUUUUUGCGUGUGUGUGUGUGUGUAAUUGAGAACCACGGUCACUGUAAUCUGAAUGUAAACAGUGCACAUCUACUUGUUUCGAAAGGUUACCGCUGGCUAAGGGAGGUACGGUUGUUUAAAUGUGGCAGCUUAUCUGGUUACUUGCAGGUGAACUGUUCGUAUUAAAUGCGCAUGUUAUGAACCAAUACUUCUCUCUUUUCAAGGCUGUGGUGCGUUUAUAUUGAUGUAAAUAUGUAGAAUUAUUUAAAAUUAGUCAUUUUUACUGCGACCCACAAUGCAAUCUCUAAUCCACUGAUCGAUCAAAUCAGAUCUGCCUGUCAGGAUGUGCUAAUGCUACCAAACUCUCCUAAGAACUUAAGAUUGCUCAGAUAAUUGCUAGAUUUGUUGUGUUGCCCUUCAAAUUUCAGGCAAGUCAUUCCCAAAUCUUGGAUUUGUGAAUGAUGCCACAGUUGAGAUCUUUUCAGCUGCAAUUCAGAAAGCCACUGAGAUUUAUUGUCAUUGUGGCUAGUUAGCAUGCUAACCUUGUUUAGUAGCACAAGAUGCUUCGUUUUUGUUUUUUUGCUUCUAGAUACCAAAGAAGACCUGGCAGAAAUAAAUGCAGAACAGUAGUACUUGGUAUUUAAUGGCAUACCAGCGGACAGGCACAAUAACAAAUGGUUUAUCCUCCUGUUGCUAUCAGCAUUUUAAAUGGCCGGUGGCCAUUUUGAAUUCAAUCUGAGUAGCCCAGGGAACUCUGAUGCUUCAAGGCAGAUUUCUAACUUCGAGAAGUGUUCUAGUUAUUUUUCCUGACUCAGAAUAUUAAUUAGUUUGACUUGUAAGUACAAGAGGAAGUCAGCGUUAGUUCCCUCGUGUUUUUUGCAGUGCAUGUAAACAUGUUUUUAUAACUCUUAUAUUGCAGGGAACAGAACACUCAUUUGAUUCAAAUGAAAUCAAAUUUUAUUUCAAUGGAGCCCUCACACGGUCUUAUGAGACGGGGUCAUUUGGACCCCGCAAGUUUUUUACCGUGUGCGCAUUCUGACGUGGUCGCAUUGACCCCGUGUGCAUUUUUAAGAUUUUUAUGUUGGUUUUUUUGUCUACAAUAUGGUUUGGAGAACUGACUGUCUGACUGGACAACUUCCGACCGUGACAUCUGUCGCACUCCUCCCGAGCGCCGCACUGAGUAAAACGCAGCGAGGUGUUCGACUUUCUCCCGGUGAAGGAGGAACACGAUGCAUGGAAUCUCUCCAGCUUGAACCCAUUGUAACAUUUUUUUUCAACUUCUCAAAGCUCAGGUUUUAUAUUUAUUUUCCUCCUUUCAUGUUGCACUAGACGUAGAAUCGACAAUAUCAACACUGCAGCUGGAUUUCAAAUCUCCUCUUGGACAUUUUGUUUUGUUUUUGUUCAUUCAUCUCAGAUGGGAACAAAGAGGAACGUUUGUUUUUGUUUUUGGGACGUUUGUUUUUGUUUUUGGAUUUUUACACCAGAACACCCUCCUGAGGCAAGUCUGGAAUCUGUGCUGUUUGCUGACCCCUGCUGGCAGCUGUGGGGAACAGUUUAAAGCUUUAGAACGUGAGGCAAUCCAUCAUAUGGAAACGUUUUAAAUGAUACGUGUGUGAGGUGGAGUACCUGGUGUUUAAAUGAAUUACCUCUCUUGUGGUGAGCAGGCCUGGUGUUUCAUGAAUGAAGUCAUUGGAUGAAUCUGUAGCUCUUGUUGGGAUAAGCUGUUCACAUGAAGGUACUGCAGCGUGUUGAGAACUCGUGUCUUUUUUUCGAAGCAUGCUGAAUUUCUGCUGAGCCGCUUUUACAUUCAAAGUCAGAACCUGGAUCUCGUCACAGUCAAGUUAUCGGUGUCUUGGUUUUAUUCACCUCAGAAAAAAAAAAUUUCUUUGUAGUCCAAUUGGCUGGUUAAAAACUAUAAUCACUGAAGCACUUUCUUUGACCUCCCAUGAAAAUCUAUUUAAAUAGGAAAAGCGGUACGCUUCACAGUUUGGACUGUGAAUUCUGACUUUUGAGAAAGGAAAAAAAAAAAAAAAACGGGCAGCAAAAUUCCUACUUGAACGUGUACAAUCUAACAUAAAACUGUGCCAGACCUUUGGUGCUUGGGACGUCCCAGUGCCGUGUCAAUGUCCGAUUGAAGUUGCCACAGCGUUGCAUUCGGUUUGAACGGUUUCCUGACACUUCUAGGCAGAUCUAAACCCACCUUUUGUUUUCCCACCAGUUGCGAAAGUCUUUCGAUUGCUGUAAGCUACAAGGAAAGCUGCUGCUUUUUGCAGAACAAACGACGGUUGGUGAUGCCCACAGGUAUCUUAUGGUGAAACUAUACUGUUAAACUCUGGAUCAGUAUUCUCAUGUGCUAAGAAGGGAUUUAGACCCUCCAAUGUUUUCCAAUACCUGUCUCUACUUUGGGUUAAACAUCAGGCAGAUGUCAGAGUCACUGACGGACAACACCGGCAGGAACGCAGCGGUGCUUCUGACUUUAACAUGGACCCCAAAAGAAACUGAAGGACUGUUUUAAUCAGCUCAAUUGUGAUGUUGGACAAAUCUAAUGCAAAAGAUGUUUUGCAGUUUUGUACAUGAUUGUUUUUUGUUUUUUUUAAAAUGCAACCCAUUGAGCUAAAGACCACUUUGUCUGAACUGGUCCUCGGUACAGCAUCUAAAGUCUUUAAGUUGACAAACCGGAGAGGAAGCUACAGCCAAACUUCUGUGUGAUGUGACAUGUUAAUUUCACUGCAGAACAAAUGACCCGGUUUUUGUGACGGGAGACUGAGAAAUGCUUGUAUGCUGUAAAGGUACACAUAAAAUGUUUUUCUUUGUUUUUUUGGAAGGGUUGACAUCGGUUGCGCUUUUCAUCGUUGUCAGUAGUGUCAAAAACAGAUUCAGUGUUUGUAUGCUAAACUUUUCAAAUCUUCUCUGUGACUGUGAGUUCCUGUGGUUUUGUUGUCAGGUGGGGUUAUGUUGGCCCUUUUCCACUUGCACCUGCUCACAGCAGCUUGACUUGUCUCCAUAAGUCCUGAUGUCCCCACCAACUCCGGCAUGAAGGGGACAGUCCCCACCAAUGCUCUCUGCACCUUUUCUUGUAACUCGACAUAGAUGCAUUACUAUCUGUUUUUCUACAUUUUUCCCCUGGACAAAUCACAUCAUUUGAUCAAAGAUCGUGGCGAUUUUCUGAGCAAUCAUCAAAUAGGAUGAAAUAUUUCGUGAAGCAUAUAGUUUGUUGAAUUUUAAAUUAUGGCUCCUAUUAAGUAAAAUUAAAUUAUGGGGCAUUAUAAAGAGAAAUUCACUUUGUUCGCUCUUGUUUCUAGAACUGACAGACGCCAAACUAUAGAUUUAUUAGCAAAGAAAAUAGAUAUUUUACAUAUCCAAACAUCAGCAUCUCAGCUUAAGCCACAUUUUAUAGAAUCCCUUAACAUCGAUGGUCACUCUACUCACCAACCAGACCCAAAAAAGGUUUUGUCUUUACUAUUUGCUAUAUUAAAGACACAUCAUAUCUUAAUUUAUUGAAUAAGACCAUCUGGCAUUCACAUGUAAGUUUUGGCUUUAUUCUUAGCACUAGAAAAGAAAAGGCCUUGCAGUGACUGUGGGGACAGCAGCACCCGAACCCCGCUACCGUUCCCCUGCUCCUCUUCAUCCCUACCGACUUGCAACACAAAGUCACACCCUUGCUUGGCUCUAUGUGGUUCUCAGGGAUAUCCACCUAUGUGGAAUCAGACACUUUUCUAGAACAUUCUUCUCUGGGGGUUGUAGAUGAUGUCAGAAAAGUGUCGGUAGGGGCUUUAGAGCACGCGACUCGUCGAUGGAGGCUACAGAAAUGGACUCGGUUGACUGGAGUUUAACUACCGGUAUCUUUGCCACAUGUCUUUCCUCACUUCUCUAUGACCGUUUCUGCUCUGGCAGCUGAAACAAAAAACAAGAUUUUUGGUCACUAAUUGGCUAGGCUAGUGGACAGAGGUUGCAACAAAAAAACGACUACCCCCCUUUUUUAAUAAAGACUUUUGGGUGGGUGGUGCACUAGUGGGCUUUAUUGAACAGUAAGUAGACAGAAAAAAAAGCCACACACACAGGUAGAAUAGAGAAGUGGAAAAGGACCUGACACCAGAGGUUAAAUUCAGGUCAACCGCGCUGCUCUGUGUAUGAUGCACACGUUCUAGCAACUGAACCAGCCGGCUCGCUUUACGAUAAUCCGACCCGCCAUUUUUAAAGACAACAGCGACUGAGUGUAUCUGUAACAAUGGCAGACCCGGCAGUGUUUAGCGUAGCUUCCAUGUCCUCCAUUGUUGUGAGUGUCUCACUACUUUCCACUGGCAGGAAUGAUAACUCCACCCACUAGAGUCUUUACUCAAUUUAUGGAAAACCAGUCGAACUGUGUUGAGCUGCGUUGCUUUUGGAAAAGAGCCAAACGUGUAAUAGAACUUUUAUUUUUUUUUCCAAACAAGCCAGAAAGUUCAUGGUCUCUCAAAUUAAACCAUUAAGGAUUUUCAUGAAUGUUUUGAUUCCUCCUGGGGUCUGUUGUCUUGGUAACUCUGGACUUGCCUUUUCCUUCAGCAGGAAGUGCUGAAGCUGCUGCCACCAACAUGGCUCCUGAUCUACUGCUUACUAUGGGGAACAAACUGAACAGCCCUCUUUUGUCUUUAGUUACCUAAUUUAUGAAAAUGAAGAAUAAAAGACUGAAUAACCAAAUAGAGCAAAAAUAACUAUUAAUAAAAUCAAAAGAUCUCGACAAACUA